UUCAGAGACAUAACUUGCAGGACAAAUCUGUUUCCAUCCCUGCUGCUUCCCUCUGACUGCAGCUGGAGUUUGUAGAAAAUGGCCCCAUGGCCAAGGAGUGUGGACCAGGCACAGGAAGGAGGAACACUUCUUGCUGAAUCUGAAAUAAGUGUUAGACUGGCUGAGGAAACUAUGUUAGCUAUUGAAGGGUAACACUGGAAAGGGAAAUUUCCUUUUUUUCAUCAUUUUUUUUGCAAGAGUGGUUUCAGUCUGGAAGGUUUUCUCAGGGUAGACACAAUUGGCCUCACACUGGGAAAUUACUUUGUCAGGGCAGAAAGCUCAGACUCUGCCUGUGUUUCCUAAAUGAUGGCUGAACUUCCUUCCAUGUUCUCAGAACCUUGAGUCCACACCUAAGGAGGGAGUGCAGGAGUCACCCAGAAAUACAAACAUGAGAGUGAGUAGUUGACCAACCUCAGUGUAACUUCUGAGAGGAAAGUUACUCUUAUGCCUGAGCAGCAGAAGCUGGCAGGAGGAAAGUGGUGCUGGGGAUGGUAAAGUGAGAUUAAAAUAAUCUCCCUUUUUGCCCCCCCAAGAUUAAAUAUCACAUGGGCACAGGAGCCAGUUUCCAGCAUCACAGUGCACUGUGAGAAUAACUGGAGUUUCCUGUUGUGACCUUUGAUGGUGAUGGAAUCCCUCACCAGCAGCAAGAGCAGUGACACCCUGGCCCAGAACUGUUCUCUGUUUGUGGUGCAUGCCAUGCUCUUGCAUUUCUGCCUCCUGUGUGAUGUUUGGAUUUGUGGUGUCAGGCUGCACUUACCUCACCUUCAGACCAAGUAACCCCACAUCCUGUGGCACUGGUAAUCAGGGCAAUCAGGAAUAUUCUGUCAUCAGUUGAAUUUUUAAGCCAGUCCUGCCUUUCUCUUCUAUUCCUUUGCCUCUUGUUUCUGUGGUCCUCUGGGUUUGAGAAUAAUCUGAGGGACUGUUCCAUUCCACUCAUGUUUAAAUUUGGGCAUGGAGUGGGCCAUUUGCUUUGUCUGUCACUUGUUCCUUGUUUCCUUAGCCCCAGCACAUCAUGGUUAUUCCAUGGUGACUCCAGCAUUCCCACUUGCUCUGGUGCUCCACAAAACUCUUGAGUAGUUAUGGAAUUGUCAUGCUAUUGUAGUGGCCUCCUCCUACUUUCAGCACUUGGUUAUUAAUAGGAGAUCUCAUUGUUCCUGAAGUAUUCUUGACACCUUUUCAAGCCAGCCCAUCCAUGCCAACAGCUUCAGUCUUUGUUUUCAGAGGCCUUAUUGAUCCCCAGGCAAGGAGGUGCCAUUGAUCUACAGAUCAUUGCCUGAGCAAAGUGAGUUUUGCAGAUUGUCCAAGACCUGGAGGGAAUAAGGCCUCUGUUGGCCGGCAGAGCCCGAGGGUGGUCGCAUACCCAGCCCGUGGCCUAUGUCCUGGAGAGCCCGCCCUUCAGAGCGCAGCAGUUGUGUCAAUGGGCUCAGCUGAUCAUCGACUGAACCUGGCUGAGAUCCUUUCCCAGAACUACGGUGUGAGGGAAGAAAGGGAGGAAGAUGAUACUCAGGAGAAACAGAAAUCUUUAGAAGAGCUGGAGAAGAGUUUCAGUGCCUCUCAGAGUAGUGAAAUGCCAUUUGAGGAGCUGCUCGCACUGUAUGGCUAUGAGGCAUCUGAUCCCAUCUCGGAGCAGGACAGCGAGAGCAAUGACAUCACUCCCAACCUCCCUGAUAUGACUCUGGAUAAGGAACAAAUAGCGAAGGAUUUGCUUUCAGGGGAAGAAGAGGAGGAGACACAAUCUUCAGCUGACGAUCUGACUCCAUCCGUCACGUCCCACGAUGCAUCGGACUUAUUCCCAAACCAGCCUGGCUCAAACAACUUCCUUGCUGAUGAAGACAAAGAGCCAUGUUCAUCUCCAUGUGCUUCCUCCAUGGCUGAGGACUCAGAGGUGGAUUCCAUCCCAUCCAACGAGUGUAAGAAGGAGAUCAUGGUUGGACCUCAGUACCAGGCCACUGUUCCCAUCCUCCGCUUAAACAGGCACAGGCAAAAAGUGCUUUUUCUGUUAGCCUAUGAGAAUGAAGAUCAGCUGCUUUGGGACCCAAACAUCCUCCCUGAGAGGGAGGUGGAAGAGUUCCUGUACCGCGCUGUGAAGCGGCAGUGGGAUGAGCUGUCCGGCAGCAGCCUGCCAGAGGGAGAGGUGGUCAAGGACAACGAGCAGGCUUUGUAUGAGCUGGUGAAAUGCAACUUCAAUGCAGAGGAGGCACUGCGGAGGUUACGGUUCAACGUGAAGGUUAUCAGAGAUGAGCUUUGUGCCUGGAGCGAGGAAGAAUGUAGAAAUUUUGAGCAUGGCUUUAGGGUCCAUGGGAAAAACUUUCACCUUAUCCAAGCAAACAAGGUCCGCACCCGGUCGGUGGGCGAGUGCGUGGAGUAUUACUACAUGUGGAAAAAAUCAGAGCGCUAUGACUACUUCACUCAGCAGACUCGUCUAGGAAGGAAGAAGUACGUCCUCCACCCUGGAGCCACGUGCGUGGAAUAUUCUCACACUAAAAUUAGUAAUAUUAACCUCCCAGUGAAGAUUCCUGCUGCAAAGCACCUCCGCUUAACAGACUGCGCUUUCUUCUCCAGAAGGGAUUUCACUGACAAUGACCUGGAUGGGGUUGAAGUGGAAAACACGAGUCGUUCUCGGAGCUCCCCACCAAUUCCUUCUGCAGCUGGCUGCCUGGAUGCUCACUUUGGUCAAGAUCAGAUACCAAUUGAGAGCACAGAGCCCCUGAGUGUGGAGAGCACGGCCUGCAGCCUGGGCAGCAUCAGCGAGUCGGGGCAGGGCUACGAGUGCAGCACCCCCUCAGAGACAAACUGCUCCUUCGACCCCUCAGAGGAGACAUCAGCUGUCCCUGUGCCCUGCCCACGCCACACUGGCACCCCCUCUGAGCCGGAGCUCUUUGCUUUGCCGCCCGCAGGACCAGGACUGGCAGAGAAGCAGGAGACGUUGCAGAACUCUGGUGAGACAAUAACCAUGGACUUCACUCUCCCUGCAGACAUUAAUGAGGGGUUGCCUUUAAUUGCUGGCCCUGUGGAUUUGGACAGAGACCCUGAGGCAGUGGUGGCCCCUGCGCAAGUGUCCUUAUCGGUCACAGAUUUUGGUCUCAUUGGCAUUGGAGAUGUAAAUACUUUCCUGACUGCUCAUCAGGCUUGCCCAGCACCUGUGGCUCGGUCAGAGCCUCUGUCACAGUGAGAGUCUCCAGUCACAAAUUUGUCACAGACCCAGCAAGGACUUUGACCUGACUGAGUGAAAUUCUGGAACUUCCACUGUCCUGUAGGGGCAGUUUGGAGCUGUUGGUCGGAAUCCGUCUUUCCAUCCUCCUUGAUCCAAGGCUACAGUGAAACCAAACACCUUUCUGCUCCAGUGUAUCCUGAUACAAUCGUGCAAAGUGGUGGCUGGCUUUCCUGAGUGGGGAGGUCCAUCACCCCCCUCCUACGUUGGCCAUGUGUCACCCCAGGUGAUGCCAGUCCGCUCAGAGAGUCCCUGCCUCGGGACAGGGGACGUGUCCCUUGGCCCCAGCGGGACAGUCUGAGGGCAGAGGUGCUUUGAGAAGAGGGAUGUGUUGCCAUCAUGGUGAGGGUGCAGUCUGGGGGUGCAAGAUCUUGGGAGUUUCCUGCAGAGAUGGGCACGGUGAUGCCAAGGGAGGCUGAUGAGUCUUGGCCCUUCUCCCACAGGCAGUGUGUAGGAGCCACUCACCCUGUCCUUUUCCCAGCAGCCAUGGGUCAUGACAGGCAGGCACCCAACUGCUUCCCCCUCCAGCAGCCAUGUAUUCCUUCCUCCACCAGCUGCAGGUGGGACGUGGCCUGGCCCAGCCCUUGGGCAGAAGUGUCAGGUCUUGGAAAGGGAUCCAGCAUCGUGUGUACUCGAGUUCUUCUCACCUUCCCGUGCCAUGCUGGGCCAGGGAGAACAUGUGUGGGGAGUUACAGGAGUUUCUAGACUCACAGUGAUGCUGGCCCAGAGCUGUGGUGCUGCUGCUGGCAGGGGAUGACCUGAUCUUCACUGAGCCACAAUGCAAGAGGGUAAAAUGCAGGUGAAAACACCUGCAACUUCCCGGUUUGUUCCAACAAUUUGUCAGCAGAGGGAGGAGGUUGCUUAGCUUCCAGGGUGUGAAGCCUGGAAUAUGAAUGCUAGCACAGUCCCAGGCAGGGGAGCACAGCAUCCCUGGGCAUCCCUGCCCCUCCCUGUGUCACAGAACAGGCUGUUCUGAGAGGAAAGUGUGGCUUUUCUGCCACAUUCAGGGAGGUGCGAGGUGCUGUGCAGAGCCAUGGGAGCCUGUCCUUGAGUGUGCUGGAAUCCAAAGCUGCUUCACUUCCCAGGUGUGUUCCAGGACUGGGAUUGGCCACUGGCUCAAUGUGUUCUCAUUCCCCUUUUUCCAUGCAGGAAAUGCUCUCCACUCACCUGCUGGGCAAGGCUCUGGUGCAGAUAGUCCUUUUUUCCAGCUGUGUUCUUACAUUGAGAAGGGGCUUGGGUUGAGGGUUUUUGCUUGCUUUGGUAGAGGCCUUGGAGCUGUGAUUGUGCACUUGGCUCUGCUGCCAGUGAAUUUGGCAGGUACCUAAACCCACGAGCCUGCAUCCUCCUUUUACCUGGCCCUGGGAAAUUGUGCUCAGCCCUGCAGCAGGAGCAUGGAGACAGCAUCAAACAGCUCCAUGGGAUGUCAGGAUUAGACCUGAUCUCAUCUCCUAAGCCCCAGAUCUGGUUUGUGUGCUUUAGCAGGGAUUUGCUUCGGUCUCCAGCUCUGUGUUGGGAGGUGCUGAGCCCCAGGCACAUGCAGCUGCCUUCACCUGGCAUGGCUUUGUCAGCCACAUGUGGUGGGCAGGGGCCUCCCCUCCAGCUGCUCCCAGCUGCUGGGAACAGAAAGCAAACACGAGUGCCUGAUCCAUAGUGGAACUGCCCAGGCUGUGAUUCCCCUUUUCUGGAGGUGAGAGGACUCUCCUUGGCUGAAGGGAGAAAAAGAGGCAGGGUGAGAGCACAGGCAGCCCUCCCAGGGAGGGCCAGGCCUUGGCAUCUCCUCCAUCAGCUGAGAACAUUCUUAUUUUUCCUGAAACCAUUUUUUCUUUUGGUUUAUU